AUGGCAGACAAGGAAGAUCAGGUGGCCGAGAUCAUCGUCAACAGCAUCUACAAUGCCGGAGUGAAGGUUGUCUUUGGUAUACCGGGCGCCAAGGUCGACGCGGUAUUCGACCGCCUAUCCGACCAUCCCGAAAUCCGGCUUGUGGUCUGCAGACAUGAGCAGAACGCAGCAUUCAUGGCCGCGGCCGUCGGAAGAAUCACAGGUAUCCCAGGUGUGGCCAUCGCAACCUCCGGUCCAGGGGCUGGGAACCUGACCACGGGCCUUGUGACCGCAACGACAGAGGGAGAUCCCGUUGUCGCGAUUGUCGGCUCGGUCCCGAGACACCUCAGUACCAAGCACACCCACCAGUCGAUGAAGGCGUUGGAUAUCUUGAGGCCGACAGCCAAGUCGGCUACCAACGUGGACAUGGAAGACCAGGCUUCCGAGGUCGUACUGGCGGCAUUUCGAACGGCAAUCACCAAUCCCAAAGGAGCUGCUGUCGUCUCGAUUCCAAUGGACGUCGCAGGCGGGAAAUCGACCCUGAAAGCGUUCCCUCCGGAGGCGUUCAAGGCACCACUGUAUGGUCCUGCUCCCACGGCACAUGUCGAAGCCGUGGCCAGGAUGAUAGAGGAUGCAAAGCUGCCCGUGCUCUUCCUCGGCCAACGAGCAUCAAGCAAUAUCGUCGUCGGAGCUAUACGGGAGUUCCUGAGCAAGCACCGCAUCCCCAUUGUGGAGACAUUCCAGGCCGCGGGCGCAGUCCCCGAAUCCCUGGCAUCUCAGGUGUUCUUCGGCCGGGUGGGACUCUUCCGCAACCAAGCUGGCGACCGGCUGCUCCAGAAAUCCGACCUGAUCAUCACCCUCGGCUACGAUCCCACAGAGUAUGACGCCUUCUCGUGGAAUCCCGACGGCAGACUCAGGAUCGUGCAUGUAGACUACACCUCCUGCGACUACGGCGCAUACUACCACCCGGAAAUCGAAAUGCUCGGCUCCGUCAAGGAAAACAUCCUCGCCCUGAGCAGGGAGAUCCAACACGUCACCGACCCAGCACAAGACGAAUUCUGCCUCAGCCUCGGCCGGGAAAUGCGCUCGUGGCACACGGACUACCAAAACGCCCAGGGCACGGCCGCCAGCCUGGUGCACCCCCUGCAGUUCAUCGCCGCGCUGCAGAAGCGCGUCUCCAAAGACACCACCGUCACCGUCGACGUCGGCACCGUCUACAUCUACAUGAUGCGCUACUUCUACGCCUACGAGCCGCGCAAACUGCUGUGCUCCGACGGCCAGCAGACCCUCGGCGUCGGCAUGCCCUGGGCCAUCGCCGCCUCCCUGACCCAGGAACCCCCCUGCUCGCGCAAAGUCGUCUCCCUCAGCGGCGACGGCGGCUUCAUGUUCUCCUCGCAGGAACUCUCCACGGCCGUGCAGCAGGGCUGCGACCUCACCCAUUUCAUCUGGAACGACGAGGCGUACAACAUGGUCGAGUUCCAGGAGGAGAUGAAGUACGGCCGCGCAUCGGGCAUCAAGCUCGGCGGCGUCGACUUCGUCAAGUACGCCGAGAGUUUCGGCGGCAAGGGCUUCCGGAUCGAGGAUUCUUCCCAGAUUGAGGAGGUGAUGGAUCAAGCCCUGGCGCACAAGGGUCUGUCGCUUGUUGAUGUGCGGAUUGAUUAUUCUGGCGCCAAGGACCUGGCGGCGAAUCUGAUCCAGGACAGCGUGGGAUAG